AUGAAUGCAGAGAUGGGAACAGUAUGGAAUAAACCAUAUCCAUGGGCCUCAGGAUUCCAUACCAGAACCAAAAGAUCAAUCAAAGUCGCCAAUAUAGCUCUGAAAAAAUGCUCAAAGGUACUUCGAAUUCAGUCUUCUAAUAUGACUAUAUCAGACUCGAAUGGAAUCGCGGGAAUGAUAUGGUUACGGCUUUUGGCGACAUGCAAACAAGGGGGUGGACAUCUGCUUCAACAUCCUCUUGUAACCAAUCUAAGCAUUCAUGAAGCAGCGGCUCAAGACCCCUGGUCCUUGGAUAUCCGUGUCAUCUGGCCUCUGAAAACUCUGGAGAUACUUGGGAUAGAUGUCUUCGCAAAUCAAUGGUAUGAUACUUGGGUCUUGGAAACUCUAUGGCAAAUAUUCAGGGUCAACUCUGCUGGAGCAUAUAAUGCAGAAACGAGUAUGGAUGCUGGGUCGAUAGCUUCUACGCAAUGUUCAACCAUAGUUGUGAAGAUCCGCGAAUGUGGGUUACACAUAUCCAGGACUUUGAUCGGGCGGGCUCGAAGUUUCAAUACGGGGCUGGGAGAGAAAUUAAAAAAGGGGGAAGAGGUAUGUGUCAGUUACAUUGAGGUGUUGGCGCGAUCGAAAAUGGAAAGACGCAAAGCCCUUGCGGGAUGGCUCUCCGGUGAUUGUAAAUGCAAGAGAUGUUUGGCUGAAUAG